UUAGAGCCUUAGAGACGCUUUGACUCGGCAAAAUGAAUAAACUGGAUUCAACGUUAGACGAUGUACAGAAUACGAGGUUCAGCAAUAUUUAUCACGAUCUUAUCAAACAAAUGGCCAAGACAACGCAAUUUAGCGAAAUUGAAGUGCAAAGCAUUCUCUUAGUCUAUCAUAAAUUUGUUUUAGCGAAUGGACCGAAAGCGAAGACAAUGACUAAAAAGCAAUUUAAUAAUCUCUUCUUAGUUUUAUUUAAAAUCUAUGAUUUGCAAAUUAUUGAACGCGUAUUAUCGUUAAUAACGUCAGAUUUAAACAAGGAUGUGCUUCCGGUGGCUUGGGUGAAAUUAUUUUCAGUAUUCAUGGCUAACAAAUUGGAACAAAAAAUGAAAUUUACCUUUCAGAUCUAUAAUGCAGCAAAUACCGGCUAUUUAACUCGUGAUGUUGUUACUUUCGCCGUAGAGAAGUUUUUCACGGGCGAAGAUGAAGAUGAAGUUAAUGAGUUGCGUUCGGAUAUGCUUGAAGUGCUUUUCAAAAAAUUUGAUAUGGACCGGGACGGUGCUAUUUCUUAUGAAGAAUAUGCUGCCGUUGUUACCAAGGAGCCCAUGCUAUUGGAGUUUCUCGGUCAAUGCUUUCCCAACGUUGAUGGCAUGACUGUCAUUGCUUAUUGCACGAACAUUUUGUCAAAAAUAAAUUUUCCAAAGUCGAGUAUCGAUGAUAAAUGACUUAAUAUCAUUUUUUUUUUUUUUU